AUGGAUGUCACAAACAGGACUCACGUAGCCGUCUUUUUGUUUUCAGGACUAACUGAUGAUGUAACUCGGGCCCCUUUUCUUUUCGUGUUCUUCCUGAAUGUCUAUCUGGUGACGUUGGUCGGUAACGCCGGCAUGGUGGCUCUUGUUCUAAUGGUCUCCAAGCUCCACACCCCUAUGUACUUCUUCUUGAGUUACCUCUCCAUGGUGGACCUCCUCUACUCAUCGACCAUAACUCCUAAGAUGCUUUCAGACCUUAUCUCAAUGAAGAAGACCAUCUCAUAUACUGGUUGUGCUCUCCAAUUCUUCAUCUUUGCAGCCAUGGCAGCUACUGAGGCUUUUCUUCUCUCCUCCAUGUCCUAUGACCGAUAUGCUGCCAUCUGCCACCCUCUCCAUUACGUGUCCAUAAUGACAAAGAAGAAAUGUUGGUGUUUUGUCCUCUUCUCUUUCAAUCUCGGCUUCUUGCAGUCAUCGGCCCAGACCGGAUGUGUGUUCAGUCUGGAGUUUUGUGGAUCCAACCACGUAGCCCACUUCUACUGUGACGUCCCCCCACUGCUCAAACUUUCCUGCUCAAAUACCUUCACCUGUAACAUGGUGACCAUUUUCAUCAUCUCCUCAUGUGGCAUCGGGUCCUUGUUGACCAUCUUGGUGUCAUACUCAUUCAUUGUUUCUUCCAUCCUCCAUAUAAGAUCAUCUGAGGGGAGGAAGAAGGCCUUCAGUACAUGUUCUGCUCAUCUCACAUCAGUCUCCAUCUUGUACGGCUCAGUCUUUUUUGUCUAUCUACGAUCUCCCACCAGUCACUUUGGUAAACAGGACAAGGUGGUCGCCGUCUUCUAUAGUAUGAUAAUACCUAUGCUGAAUCCACUCAUCUACAGUAUAAGAAACCAGGAGGUGAAGAGGGUUCUCAUGAUGGCGGCAACAGAGAAAUCCCAAAAAAUGUUCAGUUGGAGGAAGACUCCACCUUAG